AUGGGUUAAAUAAACCCAAAAUAUUUACCACCUUCUCCUGAUAAAUUGAAAUUAACCUAUUAAAUUAGAAAUCAAGCCAAAGUAUUCCCAUUUAAUAUCUAAUUAAGCCUAUUACCCUUGUCUUUGAUCCUUAAUUUUAAGCUAAUGAUAUCAACCAAGAUGAUUGGGAUUUGGUCCUUUCGUCUAUCAACUUGAAAAUUGAUAAAAUAAAUAAGCUCCAACAUCUUCCUACAAGUACUUUAUAUAACUGACUUCUUAGAUUUCAAAGCGCAAUUAAUUCAAUCAUUCAUGAUGAACAAAUCGAUAGAAACAGCCCCAUGCAUUACUGGUUCUGAAGAAGGACUUUAAGAAUUAUUAAUAUACUUGCGAACUCUUAACAAAGAAGAUUUAGAAAAAUUCAUUGAAGAUAAAUAAUUGAUAGAGCAAUUACGAAAUCUAUUAAAGCUUGAAUGCGAAGGAUAUCACGACAAAGAAGUAAUAUAUUCAAAUAUUAUCUAAAGUGUUUAAUAUUAAACAUUAUAUUACAUUGCAUUCACUAAAAUUGUAAUCUAGAUUUAAAUUAACCAAUUCUAAAUGAACUUGCAGAAAUUCUGAAUCCUUUGCACUCUGUUAAUUUUAGUUUACUAUUGGAAAUCUACAUAGUCAUUUGUAAAAAUCAGACUGAUGAAAAAAUGAAUUAGAUUUCAAUAUCAUGGAUGGAAAUGAAAAGGAACGGAAUGUGGAAUUAUCCCUUUGAACCAUUUAUUUAGAUCUUGCAAUAAAAUAAAAGCCUUUUCUCCAUUAUGAAUAUGGUGAGAUUUAUAAAUUAUUUUAUGGAAGCACACGAAGAUGUCGAAUAUAGUAAUAAAUUAAAAGCACUGCUUAUUAAUUUUGGACUGAGAUUUUUAAUCGAGGAUGUCAAAGUCAAAAUCCAAAGUGGCUAUUAUAAAAUCGAACAUUGCACUUAUUAAUAUAUGGAUGAAAUGCUCCUAGAACAAUAUUAACAUUACAAAAUCAAUCCUUCUACUCGAAAAAGAAAGUUACUCCCUCCUGAUGGUAAACCAGUAGAAUUAAGUAUUUGUGCAGCACUCUGCACGGAUUUAUUUAUAGAUCUGUAAGAUCUAGAGGCUUCAAAAAAAUUUGAAAAUGCUAUUUCAGAAGCUCUUGCAUAAAUUGAUGCUUUCUUAGAAUUGACUGAAAAGGUAUACGCAAAAGUUAUGAAACCCAAAAAAUUAAUUGUUGAUAAAAAGUCAAGAACAAAAAGAGCAGGGUCUAUUACAACAUUCCUUGAUGAAGAAAGGUCAAUUAAACUAAGAAUUCCUGAUUUAGAUUAUCAAAAACUUCUUACACAAAUCAGAGAGGCUACUCUAUAUCCCUAAGUUUUAGAUUCUUUCUAAGAUUAUUUACAAUCUGCUGCCAAAAUUGGAGUUAAUGUCAUCUCAUAAAUGAUGUCUGUGGCUGUGGAUAAAAUGAUUGAACUUCGAAAAAAUGAUCCUCUCAAAUUAGAUUUAUUGGCAUCUGAAGAAAAAUGUACCCAACUUGAAAAUUAAAUAAGAUCUCACAUUAAUGAGAAAGCUAAGAUUUAAUAAGAGUUAAGUUAGUUGAAGGAAAAAUUAAUCGAUGCUGACACAUACAUCAAGAAAAUCGAGCACAAACUGUAAACCUAAACAUAAGCUAUACAGACAUAAAAUAGUUAAUCUAAUACAGUAAAAUCGCAUCCUCCACCACCACCUCCUCCUCCUCCUCCACCUUUGCCAGGUUAACAUAAAUAAGCUCCUCCUCCGCCUCCACCAUUGCCAGUUCAAUAAGCAGGGCCUCCUCCUCCACCUCCUUUGCCUGGUUAAAAAUCAGGACCUCCACCUCCUCCUCCACCACCUCCUUUGCCUGGUUAAAAAUCAGGACCUCCUCCUCCUCCUCCACCACCACCUUUACCAGGUUAAAAAGCAGGGCCUCCUCCUCCUCCACCACCUCCUCCAAUGCCUGGAUAAAAAGCAGGAUUUCAAGGUCCUCCACCACCACCACCUCCUCCAGGAUAAAAAGGAAUUCCUCCUCCUCCUCCACCUACGUUUGGUAGUGCUAACGCUAAAGGACCUGGAAUACCUUAAUAAAUUGUUAAGAAGAAAUAAAAUCCCUAGAAACCUAUGAAAUAAGUCCCUUGGGUUGUAAUAAAAGAAGAUAAGCUAAAAACUACAAUUUGGGAGAAGAUUGACGACUCAAAAAUAAAAAUAAAUACUUCUAUAUUGGAGGAGUAAUUUUGCAAAGUUGAAUUAGUUAAAGCAACUGGUAAUGCACUACCUUCUUAAAAGUAAUAGAUAAAAUAAAAGGUUUCUCAAUUACAGGCAGAACGCUGCAAGAAUGUUGAAUUAGUUAUUUCGAGAUUAAAGAUAAGUUCUUUGACAUUAAGGGAAGCUUUUUUAAAAAUUGAUACGAGCAUAUUAACAGAGGAAAAAAUAGCGAUGAUUAUAAAUGCGGUUCCAGAAAAAGAGGAAUAAGAAGUGUUUUUACACUUUAACCCUCCAGACCUUUCAUCAAUUGCGACACCAGACUUAUAUUUUAUGGAUUUGAGCACGGUGCCAUAGAUCAAAUUAAGAGCAGAAGCUAUAGUAAUAAGUUAUGAAUGGACCGGACUUUAUGAAAGCGUUGAAGCAAAAUAAAAUAAGAUAGAAAAUGGAAUCAAACUAUAACAAGAAGAUAAAAAAUUACAAAUAAUGUUGGAAUACUCUUUAGGAUAUGGGAAUUAUUUAAAUGGACAAUCAACAAGAGGAGGAGCAUAUGCAUUUAAACUUGAUAUAAUGAGUUAAUUAGAUGAUGUAAAAUCUAACGAUAAUAAAACUAAUUUAUUGAUUGUUAUAAUCCUACAAAUUGAAACUGAUUUAGGUUACUCUUUAUACGAUUAAGACUUUCUUGCUAAAAUUGAUUAUGAUUUUCUCUGCAAAACAUCAAUAUCUUCACUUUCAUAAGAUAUAAAUGAAUUAAAAAGAAUGGAGAGAGUUGUAGAGAGAGCUAAAAAGAGUCAUGGAGAAGACUCAAGUGAUUAAGCAGGAGCAAAGUAUGAUAUAUGAAUAUAAAUAGAUUUAAAGUUCUACAAGAAUAAUUACAGGAAAGAAUUAAGAAAUUGGAAGAAAAAAAUGCAAUAUUAGAUAGCAAAUAUAAAGGGUUAUUACAAUACUACUGUGAAGAUCCUAAAUUACAAUCAGAUGAGUUUUUUAUUAAGAUUGAUAAAAUCUGGAAGGAUUAUUAGAAUGUAUUAUUGAAAAAUAAUUGUAGGCACUAACUCAAAUAGCAAGAAUAAAAUCUUAAGAAUAGAAAUUACAAAGAGAUUAGAGAAAAAAGAUGUCAUAAUCAUGUAAUCUUGAUGCUUUGUAAUAAUAAAAUGAAAACCUAAAAAAUUAAUAAUAAGUUAAAUAACAAUAAUAAUAAUAAAAUUAAGAAACAAAUACAGGGUAAAAUAAAAAAGAUGUAAUGGAAGAAUUAAGAAGGUUGUAAUCUAAAAAAGCAGAAUUGGCAGCCAAAAGAUAAUAAAAGACAAUAGAACAGGAAUGAUAAAGGGU